AUGAAGUUCUCAAUCAUGUCUCUCGGCCUCAUGGCCGUCUCUGCUCUGGCAGCACCUAUGCCAUCACAGAUCGCACCCAAGCGUGACGGUCUUGCCAAGCGCGCUGCAUCCCUGGAGGAUGUCGCGACCACCGGUUUCGCCACACAGAACGGAGGUACCUCUGGAGGAAAGGGAGGCAAGACCAUCGAGGUCGGCUCCCUCAGCGAGUUGGAGGCUGCCGUCAAGGGUGAGGAUGCCGCCAUCGUUCUCAUCACUAGCCCCAUUAAGGGAAGCGGAGAGAACGUCAAGGUCGGCAGCAACAAGUCCGUCAUCGGCAAGGACGCCUCCGUCGUCCUGUCCGACUUCACCAUCACGGUCAAGGCAGUCAAGAACGUCAUCCUCCGCAACUUCGCCAUGGAGAAGGUCGUAGGCGGCGAUGCCAUCGCCAUCCAAGAAGCCCAGAACGUCUGGGUUGACCACGUUGACCUCUCCUCUGACCUCGACCACGACAAGGACUACUACGACGGUCUCCUCGACGUCACCCACGCUGCAGACUACGUCACCAUCUCUAACAGCUUCUUGCACGACCACUGGAAGGCCUCUCUCGUCGGCCACUCCGACAGCAACGGCGGCGAAGACAAGGGCCACUUGACCGUCACCUACAACAACAACUACUGGCUCAACAUCAACUCCCGCGGCCCCUCUUUCCGCUUCGGAACCGGUCACCUCUACAACAACUACUACGAGAACGUCAGCGACGGCAUCAACACCCGCCAGGGUGCUCAGCUCCUCGUCCAGAACAACGUCUGGGUCAAGGCUAAGAAGGCGCUUUACAGCACCGACGGCGGCAAUGCCGUUGCUGAGGGCAAUGACUUUGGUAACAGCGAGAACACUGCCCCCAAGGGUACUCUUUCCAAGGCCCCCUACGAGGUUCCUGAGCUCCUUGAGGCUAGCGCCGUCAAGGCUGCUGUUGUUGGAACCGCUGGUGUUACGCUCAAGUUCUAA